AUGGCAUGCCUCCUUGCAAGAUGUCGGGUCAUGUCUGACAGCAAGGAGGAUUCAGAAUCUCAGAUGCAUGCUGCCAAGCUCGCCUUCGAAUUGUUGAAGACCCUGGCUUUCGAGAUCCAGGACAUCGGAGAUUUGGACACGAACUCUCCGGACUUGCGCACUUCAAGGACCUGGUUACUGACUAGCCUGCUUCACCACGUUCAGGUUUCGCUAUUUGCUGACGAGGAGGUCGUGACAGCUCGCAAGACAGCUAGCCACUAUGCUGCAAUAUCAGAAGACAGCAUUGGAACGCCCAGGCAACACGCACAAGUCAUGGAGGAUCUGGCCCGAGUCAAUCGCUGGCAGAUGCAGGAAGAGGCCCCUCCACGCUUGUCUGCCCAAGAGAUGUGGUGCAGAAGGAGAGGCCUGAGGGCUUCCCAAGGGGCAGGUAAAGAAGCUGAACAUGGAGGUGAGGACAAAGUCAACGUGGUUCCCAUGGGCUUCGUGUCAAAUGUCCAAAGGUGGCAUUGUACGCAGCUGGUGUGUCAGAUAAGGUGGGGCAACCAGAUCAUCUCCACACUUGAUGCUCAGUCCAGCGCGGCCUACAACAUGUUGGGCUUGGCACAGGAGCUCACAGCUGGCUUCGUGGUAGGCUGGGCCUUCGCCUUCUGGAGGCUGCAGUACGUUGAGGAUAAGAUGGCGGCACAGCAGUUGCAGAAGGCCGAGAGGUCGACUCGCAUCAACCGCGAGUAUGUCGGCGUCUUCUUCACGUACUGGUCCCUGCUGACCACCGGGGCCCUUUGCAACCGUGCCAAGGAGGAACUUCAACUCAAGAAGCUUCAUCUUCGACUGCUCUCUGUCCGUCUGCGGGAUGUUGAGGCCAAGAAGACCAAGAGCAUGCAAGAUGUGCAGUAUGACAAGACUGGACACUACUUGAUCGAGCGAAAGAUGCAAGCAUUGAAAGAGGAAAGAAGUCGCCUGGACUUCAGGUUUCAGACCAUGCCUCCAGUUGAAGCAAGGCAGUCGCUGUACCUCAUCAUGGAGGUCUUCAUGGACUUUGUGAUGGAUUUCAGCAAGCUUGAGAGCGUGGGCUGUCGACACAGGCUCCUGGGAAAGGACCUCAUCUUCUUGGCAACCGAUGUUGCGGAAAGGCAGCAGGAUAUCGGCAUGCUCCCUGCAGAGGAGAUUCUUGUCCGGUGGAUCAACUGUAUCUUGGCAGAAGCGCAUCACAGCGCUUCGGUGUUGCUGACUGAUGCGAUGGAUGACGAGAAUGGCAGGUCCAACUGGGCGGCAGCAGAUAGUUCCAGCUACGGCUUCAGGUGUCGCGAGGUUCGUGCGAUACCUACGCUCCAGACAAAGUCGUUGGAGGUUUUUUUCCAGGACGGCAAGAUCCUCACCGUGCUGUAUGCGAUGUUCAGGGCUUAUAGGAGAAAUAAGACGAUCUUUGAUCCUGAAGAUCUAGAGGUGCUGGAUGAGAAAGACUCAGAUCGGCGAGCCGCUGCUGCGCAAAAUGCUUUCGUGUCUUUGUCACCGCUUCUCAUUUCCAGGUUCCUGUUGAGCCCGUUGGAUGUUGUUUCCGGGCAGCGGUUUGCGCUGAAGGCAUCGCUCUGUGCCACUCUCUUGCGCGAGGCGACGGGCAGUCUUCAGGACUUGUCGAAGAGACCAUUCAAGCAGGUUUCAACCGAUGCAGGCCGCGAGACAGAGCGGACAGGAGGGGAGAUCAAAGAGGCAAACUCGAUGGCUGCCGUCAUGAGCAUGUUCGAGAAGCUGGUCGGAGGUGCUUGGGAAGGCUUCGUCGAUCUUUCGAGGCUUUGCUUUCCCUGGGAGCCGCUCGCAGCCUUGCAAGAGAUGGCCUUGUAUGACAUCUUGCGACGCUGGGUGAAUCUGCAGGUCUACGGCGCCUUGAUUCCGCAAGCUGACAUGCCAGGUGUCAAGAACCUCGGGAAUGAUCUUGCUUCCGGUCAAGUUCUCUUGCGACUCAUCAAGGCAGUGGCACCAACCGUCAUCGAGGCCGAGAACCUAAUGGAGCAGGUCACAGCCUGCACGACCAGACCUGGUGAAGCCAAGGAGCGGGACGUGAUCGCUCUGGUCCUCCGUUUGACGAAGCGGUGUGUGCCAUUUUGCAGCCUGACAGAGGAGGCCUUCGUGUCCUGCCAAGAGGCCCCACUCGCGACGCUGGUGGCCGCCCUGCUUCUCACCUGGCCCAACCUAAGACCUGAUUCCUCCUCCAGCUCCGGCUUUGCGAAGAUGUUCCUGGAGAUGGAGCAGUUCACGCAGGCAGGCCUGCGGGUGGCAUCAAUGCCGCAGUCGCUGGUGCCUGAAGAUAACCUGCAUCGCUUGCAUGCCUUCUGCGUGAAGAGUGACGAGGAUGAUGGGGCAAGGCUGCGGAACGUAGUCGAGGCCGUCAAGCUGCAGCAGCGCCUACAUGUCUCCCUGCAGAGGCGACUGCAGAGCUUUCUGAGCGAGGUCAUGAUGAGAAGGGUGCACGCAAGACUGAAAGUCAAGGGUACAGGUGGCGGUCAAGUCAUGAUUGCCCUUCAAGAGCUGGUUCGCGACGAGGAUUGGGUCCUCCUCACCGAAACAGAGCACGCGGCAACGAGAUCUUCGCGAGUGCGAAAUGUCGUGAGGGAGAACUUAGUCCUCAUCGCGAACAUCAUGCAGUUCUUUUCCAUCCGUGGGCACAGAGGCAACUGCCAGGUGUGCUGGAGUGGCAUUGCUAGGCUUUACCGGGAGGCGAGGAUGUGCUGUCCCUGUCUCUUUCUAUCUUUGCAAGCUGCCCAAGAGAUCUUCCGAGAGGUGCUCCGUGCAGAGCCGGAGGCAGACUCCCAGAUCUUGGAUCCAGACGAGUCUUCGCCACUUCCCUUCUUGCCUGAGCUCUCCCGCAUGGAUGGGCGCCAGGGCCAGGGCCAGGGCCAGGCCGCCAAGGACCUCAGCUGGCUUCAGCUGGGCCUCGGUGCGUCGGGCUUCAUCCGCUUCUUGUUGCGAGUCUGUGUGCACCGGGAGGAAGGCGCUCGACAAGCCGGAGCAUUUGCCGUGCCGCUUGCAAGGUCCUUCAAAGAGUUGGUGGGAAGCCACCUGCAGAAAGUUCAGUGCGAUGCACGGGACGAGUUUACCAACGCGUCUCAGGAAGAGGAGGUUCUGCAUAUACAGGAAGAGUGGGAACCUUUCCUGAGCAAGGUGUUUGCAUUGUACUCUGAACAUGGAUUGAGGGCAAAGCCGCAGCAUGAGGUGCAUCUUCAGAUGGGCGAGGAUUCGCUCAUUUGCCUCCUUGCUGAUGCUGCGCUACUAGGUGCGACACUACCGGCUGAUACUGCCAGGGGCGUGUACCGCAAGCUUACGCACCGACGACAUUUCCAAUCGGUCCAUGCGAACUUCUGCUUCAGAGGUCAGGCAGAGGUGCGACGCAGGCAGCGGUGUCAGAAGCAGAAGAGGAAUGCCUCCAUGCCGCCUGUCAUCAAGGGCAUACCGCCUUCUUCUGCGUCUCUGCGCGUUCCGCCCGCCGAGCAGGAGGAGGCUCUUCACUUCGAGGAUUUUCAAGAGGUGUGCCUUUUGGCUGCCAUGUACCGCUAUCCCAAUCCGGUGGUACCGCUUCAUGAAAGAUACCAGCAAUUGCUGAUGGACAUGCUGGAGGGCCUGAAAAAUCGCAUGGAGCCAAGCGGGCUUGCUGAGGAACCCUCCCUGGACCAGUUGGCCGUACAGGCACAUGGUGUCGAAGAGUGGGAUGCGAAAUCAAGGUCUUUCAAAGACUUAAAUGAAGGACUGCAGGUUUCAGCGGAAUCUCCGGAUGCUGCCUGGAGUCGCAAAACGAGACUCGAAGGAAAAGGUACCUUCAAAGUCUUCAAGAGUUCUGACAAGGACUGGCAAACGCCGGCUGUCAGGAGAGCCUCCAGUGCACCUCCAACGAUCAGCGUGCAGAGCAAGUUUCAAAAGACCCUGCAGACGGCCUUUGGAGCACCGGAGACUCGGGUGUCCGCUUUGGCGUCCAUCAAGAUCACUGCAGGCUCUUUAGAAGGGCUGGGCCUGCCGAAUGGGUCGAAGCUGGUGUCGGUUCUGGCUUUACUGAAAGCCUCCAAGCGCUUGGGCCUUCAGCUGGAUGCUGCCGACGUCAAGAAGCGGCGAUCCGAGAUCGGGAGGGAGGCGAUGCACCGGCGACGGUCCUCUGCCAUGGUCAAGGUCAAGUUCAUGGCAGACCGCCAGCCUGGACGCGCAAGCAUGCUCAACAGUUUGCGGCCAAGUGAGAGCCCACAGCCGAGCCGAGCUACGAGCCAAAACUCUAGCCGACCGGAUUCGCCGUAG